AUGAGAUUCAAGUCUCGUUAUCAGCUAUCAGCUGCUGGUGUACAUAGACCUCUACUUAACUUUGUACAUGCCGGUCGUGAUGAAUCGGCAUUUUCUAUCAUUCUACAAGGCAAUAACAAAAUGGACUGCGGUGAUGAAUUUUUUUAUGUGUGUGAUGACAUGUAUAAGAAGGCCAGAGCUAGAUAUGAAGCGGAGGGCAACAAAGGGAUGAUUACAGUUGCCCUGACCGGCAAUAAUUUAGCCCUAGCCAGAAGCUGCUAUGCAGAAUUAAACCCAAGAGGUGCCCAAUCUGCGCAAGACUGGCAGGCUGGACUACCAGUUCGAGUGGUUAGAUGCCCGCAUAAGAAACAAGAAUCAACCGUUUCUCCAAACGAUGGUUAUCGUUAUGAUGGGAUUUAUAAAGUUGUUAGCUACACAGUAGAUGUAAGUGAAGGAUUCCCAGUUUACUCUUUCUUUUUACGGAGAGAUGAUCCCGAACCCGCACCGUGGCACGAAAACGGAAUUGAAUAUAACGUUAUUGUAAGUAUUUUAAAUUCCCAAUAA